AUGAAGGUUUUGGCAUGGAACUACCAAGGUGCUGGGAGAUCCUUGACAAUACCCAGUCUCAAGGAGGGUGGAAGAGCAAGAGAAAGCUGGUCCUUUCGAAAGUUCAAAAUUUUCAUUUCGAGAAAUGAGCUCAUUGACCUUGGUUUUGAAGGAUUGCCUUGGAAUUGGAGUAAUAAUUGGAGCAUUGGUGAAGAGAUUAAGGAAAGAUUAGAUAGAACUCCAACAAGUGUGGAGUGGAAUAGAAACAACAGCGGAGCAAAUUUGAUGCACAUACAGACUGUAGCUUCUGACCAUGCUAUGCUUCUAAUGGAUACCAGACCGGAAAGGAAUAAAUGGAAAAGGCGAUUCCAAUUUGAUGCAAGAUGGUUGCAGUACCCUGAAGUGGAAAAGGUGGUAGAUUCUGCAUGGGAUAAACAACAAAUGGCAUCUAGGGGUACAUAA